AAUAAGUCCAUCCUUGACAUUUCCUCGCUACUAAAUAUUUCACGGUCAACUGUUACUGGUAUUGUAAGAAAGUGGAAGCAACUGGGAACAACAGCAAAUCAGCCAUGAGGUGGUAGGCCACAUAAAAUGACAGAGCGGGGUCAGCACAUGCUGAAGCGCACAGUGUGCAGAAGUCACCAACUGUCUGCAGAGUCAAUAGCUAAAGACCUCCAAACUUCUUUGUGUCGCCUUCAGAUUAGCACAACAACCGUGUGUAGAGAGCUUCAUGGAAUGGGUUUCCAUGUCCGAGCAGCUGCAUCCAAGCCUUAUAUCACCAAGUGCUAUGCAAAUCGUUGG